GCUUGGAAGUUAAAUUUGCUGUACAAGUAACCUUUCUAUUUAAUAUUAAAACUCAUUUAGUUAUAUUUGUUCUGUAUUGUUAAUUUUCUCAUAGCAUUUUUUUAUUUGUCUAUACUGGAGUUAAAUUUUAUUCAUUUUUAAUUCUUGAACAAAAUAAAUAUUGCAUCAAGUUAUUUCUGAUAUGAUUAGAACAUAUUAUCUUACUCUCAUCUCUUAAGUUGUAAGAAUUCGUAAAGGAAUCGGUGUCGAGAAAAGAUCCAAAAGAGAAAUCUGUGGUAGCACUCUGUUUCUCCUUAUUGUUGCAAAGCUAUAGUCUUGAAGAUAUGAACUAUAUUUCAGAAUAGAGCUGAUCGAAAGAGUCAAAAAAUUCCCCUUCAAAUAGUCUGUUGUUGGGAAAUGAUGGAUUUCAAAGAACUGGUUAACAAGGAAAGUUUUAAAGCAAUUCUACUUCACCAUCUGAAGUCCCAAGCUAAGCAAAAACUUGGUCACGUAAUAUCAAACAAAAUCAAAGAAAGCACAUCUUCGAUGAAUAACUCUACGUCUGAAAGCAUAGUGGACGACGUUACAAAAGAUAUCUUAGAAUCUGAAGACUUUCCCAAUUUCUUAUCCUCUUUCUUAAACCACGUAGAUAAUCUUCUUGAAGACAAAGACUCCUAUGUUCCAAAAGACGAAAAACGAGACAAUGUUUCUCAGUGUAGUUCAGCCUCAAGUCUGAAUACAUCGUCGAUUGAUUUUCUAAGUCCAGACCAGUUUCAAAGCACCGUAUAUAGCUUGAAAACUGGAACAAAUGCUGAGAAACUAGAAGCUCUGGAAACUUUGCAUCGUUUACCAACCUUAGAGCAUCUGACCAACAAAUCUUUUUGGUCUGAUGCAGAAAUUGGUCUUCACGACUCAUUGUCAAGCAAUGUAGUGUUUUUAAGAACAGCAGCCAUGAGAUUGUUCAUGAAAAUGUUAACGUCAUCUGAAUCCAAAAUUGUCUUAGAUAGCUAUCUCAGCUUUAUUAAGUACAUGCAUAGAAGCCUGCUUCCACAUUUAAGCCAGCAUCAGACGGGUGCAACUUUUAUCGAUAAUUUCAGGUCCUCGGUUGAAGUGGUUGCCAUUUUAAACAAGUUUCUCCAAACGAUAUCUGGCCACUGGCUACGUUACCCUCAAUCUGUGAUCGAAAACAUCAGCGCUCAGAGCUUAGGCAUAUUCUCGGAUUAUAAUGAGAAGAGAAAUGCUUUUCCUGUUUGGACAUGUUUUGCCCUCUGUGACCCUGAAGCGAAAUGGUUGAAGAAUAUCCUCUAUGGUCAUUUAAGUAGAACUGCUUUUUUGAUCGCUCUUGAAAAUGAUCCUUCAGUUUUGGAGUUUUGUGUUACAUUUUGUUCCAAUUUAAUCUCGGAAAAAUGUGUUCCCGAUUUUGUUUGUUGUCAAAAUUCUGUAUUUAUUGCUGAAAUCACACAUAUUUUAAGUUUUCUUUCUUAUCUUCUACAAUACUGUGAUGGGAGAAAAGUAUUUGAUUCUAAGUCAUGUGGGGGAAUUAUUUCUUGUUGGUCAGAAGCAUUGGAAAUUAUAAUGAAAAGUACAAGUGUUUUGUGUGAGGUGGCAUGCAUCAACUGUUGCUCGCCAGUUUUUGGCGUGAUCUCAUCAGCCUGGUGUGCUUUUUGGAAUCAAGACAUUAAUUUAGUGAGUCAUGCAAAUUUAUUAAAAAUACUAGUUUCAACUUUUUCUGAAAUGGAACGAAAUGAAUCUAAUCUUAUGUGUUUUGCCAUUCAGUGUCUUUCUGGCAGUUUUCUAGGUAUUGUGGGUACUUCAGUUUCGACUAAGCUCAAUCUUAAUUUUGAACAUUUAGUUGUUAAAAUAUUCACCUAUUGUGCUGAUUUUUCUUCGAAUUCUUCACCUGAAUCAGCUAGCAUUGUUCGGACAGAUUUCUACAUUCAAAAAUACCUUCUUGCUCUUGUAAAGAACUUUUUGUCUACCCCCUCUUCUUUAUUUCUAAACCGAGAAUUCACCAGAAACUUUUGUAUUUGGUGGCAAAAGAUUAAUGAAAGCAAUACAUUAAAAAUAUUAUCUAAAAAGCCUUUUGAAAAUGAGGUGAGCUAUAACGACAUUGUUGAAAGUAUUGAGCAAAAUUUCUUAAAUGUAAAUAUUGCACUACUUAACAAACCUUGUUGUAUUGAUAGCAUUCAAGAUUCGUCAAAUUUUGAAUCUACGUUGAAUAUUUUACUAGAGAAACUGUUAAAAGACAUCAAAACUAAGAGAUCUGUUUGUUCUUGUGAUAUAGCUACUCUGUCUACUGCUUUAAGUAGCAGUAUUACAGUGGAAAGCAUUUUAAACAGAACAGUAGUUUUCCGUUUGUCUUCAAUUAUAUGGCAACUCAUCGAAGUAAGUGAUAAUUUCCAUAUGGUGAAAUCUAUAUUAGAAAUGCUGAUGCCAUCCAUAUUUUGUGAUGUAGUUAAUUUCGAUUUACUUGGAAUUAAAGAUUUGGAAGACAACAAAGAAACUCUGCUCUUGCACAGUGUGUUACUAUCACCAAAACUUACGGAGGAAUGUCUUGUUUCUGAAGAGUACGGUAUCGUAGCUCUUAAAGUGCUUGCACUUUUAACAACCAGUGUACAUGCUGUUUGUUGUUUAGAAGCAAAGUAUUGUCUUUCUGAGUUUAUGCUUGAACAACAACACCAUCACAUAACUGUGGAAGAAAAUCCUGUAAUUGAUUUAGAAUAUAUUUUAAGAAAUUACAUUUUGGUUAAAAUGUAUACUUUCGGAGGAUCGAGCGAACGAAUUCUACCCGAGGAAGAUUUUGUCAAUUGUGAGGACUACCAGUGGUGGCUCAAGGAUUCUUUUCCUGUUCCUGAAUUAUUUUAUAAACCUUUUAUCAAUCCAACUGAAUCGAAGUUGGAGCCUGAAACUAUUUCGCUUGAAUCGGGAAUGGAGUCAAGUGAAGAAAUUCAGCUGCAGGAGACUUUUCUCAAUUAUUUAAAGACAAAUGGUAUGCCGUCUAACGAGUUUUGUUUUCAAGUUUUUAAUCUCAGUUCAAAUAUAUUGAAUAUUGAAAUAGACAGUCUCGAAAGUCCGAAUUUAGAAAGUGCUGAAUAUUUAUUAAAUGAAGAAGAACUUGUUGGACUGUCCUUAAUUAAGAGGUACGGAUCACUGCUGAAUCGAAUGACCCUUGACGAAGACGGAAAAUUGGAACAAUUGUUGAAAGCUGCUAAGUGCUUGACGAAAUCAAAUAAAAUAGACACAUUUGUCUGCACUGUUUAUCUCAUGUGCUGUGAGGAUAUUAAUGUAUCAUGGUCAUUCUUAAGAAACUUCUCUAAGACACCCAAUUCUUUUAUUAUAUGGCCUGCCCUGUUUUCAAACAUGACGAUGUGCAGCAAAGCUCAUUCUGUGAUAUUAGAAAUGUGUGAUAUAGCUGUUAAAAAAUCAUUGCCACAUGUAUUUUCUGCUUUUCAACUUUUUGGUGUUUUACCAUCUGCUCUUUUUAGUUACUGGAUAGGGCAGUGCUUUUGGAAUUAUUUAGAUUUUAGUGAAAUUUCGAAUUUGAUCUUGUUGAAUGUGCUGUACUCGGGAAUGUUUUCUAUUUAUUUUUUCAUAUCUCUUUUGAAACAUCUCCAAAGCUAUAUUUUAUUAAAUUCUCACGAUUGCUCUUUGAUAACUAACUUAAAAAAGAAUUCAAUUAAACACUAUAAAAUGCAGCAUUACAUAGACUAUAUUAUGGAACUGUCUCUUACCUUUAGUUACAUGGAACCUCUACUUAAGAAUGUAAAUUAAAGCACUUUCAUGUUUUACUUGACGCCCGGUGGCUGAGCGGUAGCGCUUCCCGCUGUCGUGCCACAGGUCUCUGGUUCGAUCCUCGGGACGGGCAAGCUUGACUCAGCCUUUCAUCCCUUCAGUGGGUCAAUAAAUGAGUGCCAAGCAUGCUUGGGAACUAAACACUGGGGGUUCCGCGUUCGGCUGACCACCUGACCGGAACAUCUGCUCCUGCACCCCAGAGCCCAAGGUCAGGAAAACUGAGAUGGGCACAGUAGGCCUGGCCCUCUUGGGCUGUCACGCCGCUGAGUUUAGUUUAGUUCAUGUUUUGCUUGAUAUUUUGAACUCCACUCUGUAUAGAUGUAUGUUAUUCAUAAAUUAUUUAUUUUUUGUUA